GGUGAGGUGGCUUUGACCCCGGCUUGCCCGGCCGGCACGAUCGAGGAGGUGGCUGGACGGCUGGAGAAUGAACGGAGAGGCCGACUGCCCCACAGACCUGGAAAUGGCCGCCCCCAAAGGCCAAGACCGCUGGUCCCAGGAAGACAUGCUGACUUUGCUGGAAUGCAUGAAGAACAACCUUCCAUCCAAUGACAGCUCCAAGUUUAAAACCACCGAGUCACAUAUGGACUGGGAGAAAGUAGCAUUUAAAGACUUUUCAGGAGACAUGUGCAAGCUCAAAUGGGUGGAGAUUUCUAACGAGGUGAGGAAGUUCCGCACAUUGACAGAGUUGAUCCUCGAUGCUCAGGAACACGUUAAAAAUCCUUACAAAGGCAAAAAACUCAAGAAACACCCGGACUUCCCAAAGAAGCCCCUGACCCCUUAUUUCCGCUUCUUUAUGGAGAAGCGGGCCAAGUACGCGAAACUCCACCCUGAGAUGAGCAACCUGGACCUGACCAAGAUCUUAUCCAAGAAGUACAAGGAGCUGCCAGAGAAGAAGAAGAUGAAAUAUAUUCAGGACUUCCAGAGGGAGAAACAGGAGUUUGAGCGAAACCUCGCCCGAUUCAGGGAGGAUCACCCUGACCUAAUCCAGAAUGCCAAGAAGUCGGACAUCCCUGAGAAGCCCAAAACCCCCCAGCAGCUGUGGUACACCCAUGAGAAGAAGGUGUAUCUCAAAGUGCGGCCAGAUGCCACUACGAAGGAGGUGAAGGACUCCCUGGGGAAGCAGUGGUCUCAGCUCUCGGACAAAAAGAGGCUGAAAUGGAUUCAUAAGGCCCUGGAGCAGCGGAAGGAGUACGAGGAGAUAAUGCGUGACUAUAUCCAGAAGCACCCCGAGCUGAACAUCAGUGAGGAGGGCAUCACCAAGUCCACCCUCACCAAGGCCGAACGCCAGCUCAAGGACAAGUUUGAUGGGCGACCUACCAAGCCACCUCCGAACAGCUACUCACUGUACUGCGCAGAGCUGAUGGCCAACAUGAAGGACGUGCCCAGCACGGAGCGCAUGGUGCUAUGCAGUCAGCAGUGGAAGCUGCUGUCCCAGAAGGAGAAGGAUGCCUACCACAAGAAGUGUGACCAGAAAAAGAAAGAUUAUGAGGUGGAACUGCUCCGUUUUCUAGAGAGCCUGCCUGAGGAGGAGCAGCAGCGGGUCCUGGGGGAGGAGAAGAUGUUGAACAUCAACAAGAAGCAAGCCACCAGCCCAGCCUCCAAGAAGCCCUCCCAGGAAGGGGGCAAGGGCGGCUCGGAGAAGCCCAAGAGGCCAGUGUCAGCCAUGUUCAUCUUCUCGGAAGAGAAACGGCGGCAGCUGCAGGAGGAGAGGCCGGAGCUCUCAGAGAGCGAGCUGACCCGCCUGCUGGCCCGCAUGUGGAACGACCUGUCGGAGAAGAAAAAGGCCAAGUACAAGGCCCGGGAGGCGGCGCUGAAGGCCCAGUCGGAGAGGAAGCCGGGUGGGGAUCGCGAGGAACGGGGCAAGCUGCCUGAGUCGCCCAAGAGAGCCGAGGAGAUCUGGCAACAGAGCGUCAUCGGCGACUACCUGGCCCGCUUCAAGAACGACAGGGUAAAGGCCUUGAAAGCCAUGGAAAUGACCUGGAACAACAUGGAGAAGAAGGAGAAACUGAUGUGGAUUAAGAAGGCGGCUGAAGACCAAAAGCGAUAUGAGAGAGAGCUGAGUGAGAUGCGGGCACCCCCGGCUGCUGCCAAUUCAUCCAAGAAGAUGAAGUUCCAGGGAGAACCCAAGAAGCCACCCAUGAACGGUUACCAGAAGUUCUCUCAGGAGCUGCUGUCCAACGGGGAGCUGAACCACCUGCCCCUGAAGGAGCGCAUGGUGGAGAUUGGCAGCCGCUGGCAGCGCAUCUCCCAGAGCCAGAAGGAGCACUACAAAAAGCUGGCCGAGGAGCAGCAGAAGCAGUACAAAGUGCACCUGGACCUUUGGGUCAAGAGUCUGUCUCCCCAGGACCGCGCAGCAUAUAAAGAGUACAUCUCUAGCAAACGUAAGAGUAUGACCAAGCUGCGAGGCCCGAACCCCAAGUCCAGCAGGACUACCCUGCAGUCUAAGUCGGAGUCUGAGGAUGAUGAUGAAGAGGAUGAAGAUGAGGAUGAUGAGGAGGAUGAGGAGGAAGAUGAUGAGAAUGGGGACUCCUCUGAGGAUGGCGGGGACUCCUCUGAGUCCAGCAGCGAGGAUGAGAGCGAGGAUGGGGAUGAGAAUGAGGAGGAUGAUGAGGAUGAGGAUGACGACGAGGACGAGGACGAGGACGAGGACAAUGAGUCCGAGGGCAGCAGCUCCAGCUCCUCCUCCUCGGGGGACUCCUCGGACUCUGACUCCAACUGAGGCUCAGCUCCACCCGGGGCUCCCCUCCCCGACUGACCACCUUUGUUUCUCCCCCAUGUUCUGUCCCCUGCCCCCUAGCCUCCCCCACUUUCUUUCUUUCUUUCUUUCUUUUUUUUAAACAAAAUACGAUGGGGGGGGAAGGCACUGGAGAAGCCCAGGCCAGAACUUUGUGUCCUCAGAGACAUCAGCCCGGGGGGGCCCUCCAGGGAGCGCAACCAUCAGACUGAGCCACCACUGGACCAGCCCAGCCCACCCCUCUUCUGCACUUGCGGUUCCGGCAUGGACAAUGGACCUGGAGUGGGAUGGGGGGUGUCCCAAAGAGUCCAGUGAGGCCCCCUACAUCUGCAGCCCAACCCAAGGGAGGGUGGAAGCUUGGGGAAGACCCAUUUCUUCCCAGAGGGACUUGCUGCCUGAACCCUUACAUUGGAACUGGAGGCAGGGAACAUGUGGGGAGAGGAGGGCGGGUGUCUAUGAGAAAAUAGGCACCGCCUCAUGGCCCUCUCCCCUGCCCCCCUGCAGGAAGGAGCUGCCUGGACCCACUCAUGGGGGGAGGGGGCAGAAGUGUUUUUUAUAUAUGUGUAUAUAUUUUUUUUUUUAAGCUCUGAGCUGUCAACGAGACGUUUCCUACCGAUCUCGGCUGCCGUCUCUGUUGUCAUUUCUGGGAGAGGGAGGGUUUAGGGGGGUGGUUUGGGACUUUUUUUAAACGGUCUUGAUGCGUGUGGAAAAGUAUGUGUGUGUGUGUGCGUGUGUGUGUGGCCUGUACAUAGCAUGGGUGCACCUGUGGAUGCGUGCAAAGGCACAUGUGUAUUUGUGUGUGUAAGAGAGAAGGGGAAGCCCACCUCAGUCUGUGAAUCUGGUAAAAGGUUUGGUAAGGGCCAGGGAGACAUUGGUCCUGGUGGGGAUAGGCUGGGUGGCCCCUUUCUCCGUAUCUUCUGCUUUGCCUAAUCUUUGAUUCAAUUUUGGGAGUGUGCUGAAGCCACUCUGAUGCUUCCUAUACUCAUUUCUCUUGGCUGGGGCCAUAUGACUGAGCUGCUGCUGGUUUCCAAUAUCCAGCAGGACAGUGGGGAGGGAAACAGACCAGGAAAACCUUAAAGCUUUGAUUUGGUGGGAAAGGUCUCCACAGCUCAUCUGAGAGUCACCUGGCCAUCCUAGGCUCUGAACCUGGGCCCCAAGAGAUGUGUUAGAAGUGCUUUACUUACACAUCCCUCUUGCCUUUCCCCUUAUCUUUCAGCUCCCCCACCCCAUUUCCUUUUAUUUCUCAGGUCUGCCCCCCCCAAUAGCCCACAUCUGGGGAAGAGGCCUCCAAAAGCUGCUUUUGCAGCUGUCCUAACUCUUCCUAGCCAUCCCCCAAAUUUUGGUACCCUGAUUCCUAGACUCUCAAUAAGCCAAGCCACCUUUUCUCUGUGGGUUUAAUUUUUGUGUGUGUGGUUUUUGAUUAAACUUUGGCUUCUUUUUUUUUUUUGAGCAAUCA